AUGAAUAUGAUGGACCAACUUCAUGAGAAAACCGAGAUGGCCUCUGGUUUUGUGGCAGGUGGAGAGGCUGAGCUUGGGCUUGUCACUGUGCAGGGGGACAAGACCAAGGCCACCACCAAUCAUGGAUCUGGGUCGGAACCGACCGGUUCGACCCGUCAUGACCUUGUUUCUGCUGUUUCGGGUUUCGGUGUACUCCACAGGAAGAAAAGGAUGGCUAGGCAGAGGAGAUCAUCAUCUUCCACCAUCAAACUUCUGUCCUUUGUUCCUUCUAGCUCUGCCUCGCACGUGCCAUCAUCCCCACUCCCUGGCCUUCCCACUCUUCCUGCACGUGAAAUUGAUCCAAGGAGGUUGAGAUUCCUAUUCCAAAAGGAGCUUAGGAACAGUGAUGUAAGCUCCCUUAGGAGAAUGAUACUCCCAAAGAAAGCAGCAGAGGCUCACCUCCCUGUCCUCGACUCGAAGGAGGGGAUUCUUAUCAGCAUGGACGACCUGGAUGGCUUGCAUGUAUGGAGUUUCAAGUACAGGUAUUGGCCAAAUAACAAUAGCAGAAUGUAUGUACUUGAAAAUACUGGAGAAUUUGUCAAUGCACAUGGCUUACAACUUGGAGACUUUAUUAUGAUUUAUCAAGACAAUCAAAAUCACAACUAUGUCAUUCAAGCAAGAAAGGCUUCUGAACAAGAUGUAUAUAGUGACAUAACUAGGAAUGAUGCUAAUGACCUCUUUCUUUAUGAUUAUGAGCCUUACCGACCAAGUUCCUUGUUUGAGAAUUAUCCCACAGACAAUGCUACAAGCAUGUCAUUUAUCUAUGACACUACAACCUUCUCAAAUGACUCACCGCUUGAUUUUUUGGGUGGUUCAAUGACCAGCUAUUCAAGAAUCGGAUCUUUGGAAGGCUUCGGAUCUGUAGACAACUUUUCUCUUGAUGACUUCUAUUAA